CAUGCACUGUACUCUGGACCUGUGAACACACAGACACACACACACGUGCACACACACACACACACAAGAUACGGCACCUGAAACAUGGAGUGAACCAGCCUCAUUUGUUUGGCGAUUGAAGGACCCGGCCAGUGACCAGAGAUGAACGGAGCAGAUCUUCUCCCAAUGGUCCAGGCUGGGGACGGGAGGACACUGACCAGAUCAGAGUUUCUCACCCUGCUGAACACUUAUAACGGCUUCCUGAAGGACCACACUCAACUGCACCUCAGCUACUCUCAGGGUGGCGAUGGCGAGGUGGUGGUGGAGGGCUUCCUGAACAUCUCCUGGGGAGUACGCAGACCCAUCAGGCUGAGAAUACAGGACAACAGACAGAUGCUCCCCUUCGUCCCUCUGUCCUCGCCGGGCCCCAUCAGUCCAAUCAGCCCCAUCGGGGACAAGAGGGGCAUGUCGCGGUGGGGGGAAUACAAUGACCUUCACCAGAUUGACGAGAUGGCUGAGAUGCCGCAGGACACAAUAGUCACCAAAUCGUUACCAGGGCCGGCUGUUUACGAGACGACCACGCUGCGCCCUGCGAGGCCGAAGAACUCCGAGCUGGAGGCGGAGUCCAACCUGAUUCGCUGCAUGAGUGACGCCUCAUUGGUCAAGAGGAGGAGGGGCAGGGGGAAGUCGGCCGCGCAGCGGGAGAAGGAAAGACAACAUCGCUUUUCCAUCAAUGGACACUUCUAUAACUAUAAGACGUCGAUCUUCACUCCAUCCUUCGACACUCCAACUAAAGUCCGUAUCACCAGCAGGAUGACCACACGCCAGGUCAUCGAACAGCUGCUCAAAAAGUUCAAGAUAGAGAACGAUCCCCAGGAGUUCACUCUGUACUGUGUUCACCAGAGUGGAGAAAGGAGGAAGCUCAGUGACAGAGACCAGCCCCUGUGGGAGCGCAUCCUUCAGGGGCCCUCCAAUGACAUCAUGAAGAUCUUUCUGAUCGACAUGGACGAAGAGGAAGUCAGCAUCGACGUAGCCCAGUAUCUGAACUUGGAGCUGCCCAUCCUGGAGCAGGUGCUCCUGCAACUGCGUGAGGAGGAGAACCGACUGAUACAGAGAGUCAUUAGCAAGUGCCACCAGCAGCAUAGAGUCCUGUCCCACACGCUGACCUGUAAGAUGUUCCCUCACUUUGAGACCAGUGUCUGACGGUCAUCACAGCCAACGACUUGCUGUCCAGCGUCCAACGCCUUUCACUUCAGGAACAUGUUGAAAGAUGUUUGGUUGUGAAACAAAGAUGCCACGUGACCACACCUAAACCUGACAUGCCGACAACAUACAUGGCUCUGUUUCAAGUCGUACAAACUGGGUCACUGUCAUUUGUAUUCAUCAUGUGAUUUUUUUUUUUUCCCCCUUCAUUUAUUUUUUUUUAUCUGUAAAAUAAGUACAAGAUAUUCAUGUAAGAUGCUGUUGUAAAUAACUGUAAAUCAGUGUUGAGCGUUAAUAAAUAGAAGUUGUGGGACCAGCA